AAAUGUUCAAGUCACAGACUAGAGAUUCAGACCAAGAAACUUUUCACACAGCAAUCAGAACAUUUGUCUGCCACCAUUUGAACGGUGAACAUCAACAUCGCGAAUCUCUGUGGCCAAACAGUUCAGCUUUCGCAUCGGAGCUUUUCGUCCAAACAUUUCCGUGCUCAAAAGUUAUUUGCGAUAUAAACUUCUUGGGGCAGGAAGGUACAUCACCAUCCUGUUUGUGCAUCUUGAAACCAAAGUGAAUUGUGUGUUGUUUCUUUUUUUUCACGUGGUUUGCACAGAGGUGAGCAUUGCUCUUGUGCUGCCCAGGGAGAGAUCAUUAGUGGCUUUUUGGCGCCCAAAAAUGCCCCAAAAUUGCAAAUGUUCAUCUCGUGCUAGAAGUGAAAAGUGCCUUUUUCCAAAGUGACGUCAUUUGUGCAAAGUAAAGCACCAUAAAAGUUAAAUCCAAAAAAAGAGCAAAGAAGUGAGAGAGAGCAAAGAGGCAUCGGCGUAAAAAAAAAAACGGUGACAAAUUAAGGUGUUACACCGCGCUAAUAUUUCGCAAAGUGUGUGGUACAAUAAUUGCUGGGAGAGUGAAUAGAGCCAAGAGAGUUAGUAGUGGCUGAAAAAACUACUUUUCGAUUCAAAUAAGAACACCAGGCAGUACCCGUGCCAUAGGAGUUUAAACUGAGCGGACAAUAAAAUUGCAAGACGAAUAAGAUGAACAUAACGAGCGGGGGCUUCGUGCUAUUGCUCAUGUAUUGCCUUUCGGGCAGUUACAUGGUCAACAGUCAUCGAUUGGGGCCUUCAGAAUCCAUUUUGGACAUCAUCAAUACGCGCCACAUCGACAGAGUUCUGGCUGAGAGGCGUCAAAAUGCCUCGAGGGACGAGAAACGCUUUCUCCUGCAGAAUGAUUUGGAUGAUGAGGAUGCAGAUACAACUGGUGACUUUGACUUUGGACACAGACGAAGACCAACGGGUGUCUUAAUGCAGUACAAUGAUAGUUCUCCUUUUGGCACCCCAGCCAGUCAGGACAUCUUUGCGGAUCUUCAGGCUUAUAGGGCAGACAAACUACUCAAAUCCAGCAAGAAUGCCCUGGUAGUAACACGGAAGGAGUACCUUAAGAAAGAUUGGUGCAAGACUGAACCCCUUGUCCAACGCAUUCGCGAGGAAGGUUGCCUCAGUCGCACCAUCAUCAAUCGCUUUUGCUAUGGUCAGUGCAACAGUUUCUACAUUCCCAAGAGUCCAAGACGACCACGGAGGAAUCGUGGUCGACAUCAACUUCGCAAUGGGCAUGACUUUGAGGACGAAGACCUCACAGGAGCCGCCUUUAAGUCAUGCGCUUUCUGCAAACCCAAGAGAUUUACAUGGAUUACCGUAACCCUUCGUUGCCCUUCCAUGACCCCACAAUUGCGAAAGAAGCGUAUCCAAAGGAUCAAACAGUGCAAGUGUAUAGCUGAGCCAGUGAAUUAGGAUCUUUGGAAGCUUCACAAAAUUAUUAGGUAAAUGUUAAACAAUUUGAGUCCAGUACCAUCAUACUUCUCUAAACAGGAAUAUAGUUAUUGAGAUAAGUUUCACCGAAAAGUCAUUUUGAAAAACCUUUGAAGUGUUUCAGAAAAUAUCAGUUAAUUUAAAAAAUUAUUCACAUCUAGAAAUGAAAAUUGUUAGUUAAUUGAAUAUGAAGUUAAGGGUAUCAAGAACUUUAUUCUUAGUGCAUUUUUGAACAAAGUUUUAAAAAUAUGCAUUAAGAAUUUUUAUUAUAUAUACGAAUAAUGAUUCUUUUACCUUAAAAAAAUAUUUAAAAAAGAAAUUCUAUAUAAGAUAUCGUUUGACUUAUAGAGCAAUUUGUAUAAAAAUAGUCAAGGGCAAUACUUUUUUUUUAAACAAAAUUGAAUUAUGUAAAUUUUUAGCGCAUAUUUGGGAUUACUCUAUUCAUCUUUUAAGAAAGUCACACCUAUAUUUUUUACUGCUCGAACUUCACGGAGAGAGCUGUAUAUAAUCCAUCGAUUUUUUUAUUUAGAGUCCUUUAAUCGGGUCCUGGUCAAAAUCCCGAAAGCCAAAAUCUCGAACGUCAUAAUCCUGAAAGCCAAAAUCCAGAAUUCUUAAAAGUAUCACAUCUGGUCAUAGCCACUCUCAUUAUUGCACACGCGCUUCCUGAAGGCAAAGGAAAAUUUUCUGUGUCUUGAGAAAUUAUUCUACAUAUUAUUCUCCAUUGUAAUUUCAUCCCUUUCAGGAUUUUGAACAUUCGGGAUUUUGGCUUUCGGGUUUUUGGCCCUUUCAGGAUUUUGACGAUCAGGAUUUUGGCUCUCGGGAUUUUGACUUUCGGGAUUUUUGCUGCCUCCGCUUAAAAAUAAGUCUCAAACUAUUAAACGCGAGAGCAGCGUACCGAGCCGGUUCAGUACUAUUUUUCAAAAUUUAUUGAAAAAGAUCCUUAGAAUUUUGAUUGAUAUUUCAUGAAACAUUUCAAAGAAUUCAAGCAUUUUUUUUAAUCUUAACCAAUACAGCAGUAGAUUUUGAGGAAAUGCAAAUUUCAAAAAAUAUUUUAGAGCAAUUUGCUAAAAUUCCCAAAAUCACUUAAAAGCAUUUUCCCCAACCACAAUAUUUAAUAAAAAAAAGCAAAGAAUGACUAUUGCUUUGUCAGAAUAAGUAAUUUUUUGAUGUUUCCCGAGGUAUAAACUAAAAGCCGAAGAUAUUUAUUAAGAAAACAAUUAGAAUAUAUAUAAUGAAAUUUGAAAAUCAAGUAUUAUUGUCCCUAGAGAUAAAUAAUAUUUAAAAAAAUUUCCUCUAGAAUUUACCAGGAUUGAGAAACAAUUUUGAUAAAAAUGUUGAGUAUUUUUGUUUUUGGAAACGAUUGCCUGAGAGAUUUUUUGUACAGUACGGAUAUUUUGAGAUGAUGUUUGUUUUUCUAAAAUUGCUUAGGAGUGAUAUAAAAUAUAUCUUAGAAUAGAAUUUAUAUAUUUUGCAUAUUAAAGAAAGGAAGAAAAAAUUUAUGAAGAUUUGACAAUUUUUGAUAAUUCUAGAUAGGUACAGGAGAAAUUAAUUGAAUUUAAACGAUAAAAGAGAAGAAACUGUGUUUUUUUUAGCUAUUUAUAAUUAACCAUGUAUAUAAUUAGAAUACCAAAGUAUAUAAAUAUUUAAUAGCCAUUGGCAGAAUUCCCCGCUUCUUUAAUUUCAAAGCCCUACGUACUUCUUAAUUUUCUAUUACCUGAUUGUCUCCUUCAGCUGUUUGAUAUUAUCUCUCUGUAACAAUUAGAUUUUGAACUAAAUUGUGAAAUAAGUCAGCAAUUUUUCAGUCAGAAAAUGAUAGUGCAUUGAGCGAAUGGGAAGUAAAGAGAGAUCAUCCAUGUAUAUUCCAAGUAUUACACAAGUCAAUAAAUAAUGGGCAUGUAGAAAUCUAAGUUUAUAUAGAAUUUACACUAGUAUUGAAUAUAUUUGUAUAUAAAUAAGAAGUUUAUGGAAAUGAAAAUAUUGUUUUGGCGACUGUAAUCGCAAAUCUCAAGUGGUAUUGCUUCUUGUUUCAUCCACUAGAAGUGGAUGGAAAAAACACCGCCCGCCAGUGUUGUAUUUCGUACAUUAGUUUAUGGGAAGGAUGACGUGAAAUCAAUGUAAAGGAUGUAUAUUUUUUUUCUUUGGAAAAAUUUAAUUGAUUGCUAAAAUAAAAGUAUAUUGAAAGAAAUUCAAAA